AUGGAGUACCAUAAACGACACCUCCAAAUUUCCAAAGAAGUAGGAGACAGGGCAGGACAAGGAAAAGCGUACUGUAAUCUUGGCAUCGCUUUAAGAAAUCUUGGACACUUCCAGAAAGCCAUAAAGUACCAUGAAUCAGCCCUCAAAAUUUGCGAAGAAGUGGGAGACAGGGCAGGAGAAGGAAUUGCCUACUGUAAUCUCGGCAUCGUUUUAAGAAAUCUUGGAGACUUCCAGAAAGCCAUAGAGUACCAUGAACGAGACCUCCAAAUUUCCAAAGAAGUGGGAGACAGGGCAGGAGAAGGAAUUGCCUACUGUAAUCUUGGCAACGCCUAUGACAGUCUUGGAGAUUUCCAGAAAGCCAUAGAGUACCAUGAACGAGACCUCCAAAUUUCCAGUGAAGUGGGAGACAGGGCAGGAGAAGGACAAGCGUACUGUAAUCUUGGCAACGCCCAUCACAGUCUUGGAGAUUUCCAGAAAGCCAUAGAGUACCAUAAACGACACCUCCAAAUUUCCAGAGAGGUGGGAGACAGGGCAGGAGAAGGAAUUGCCUACUGUAAUCUUGGCAACGCCUAUGACAGUCUUGGAGAUUUCCAGAAAGCCAUAGAGUACAAUGAACGAGACCUCCAAAUUUCCAAAGAAGUGGGAGAUAGGGUAGGAGAAGGAAAAGCGUACUGUAAUCUCGGCAACGCUUAUGACAGUCUCGGAGAAUUCCAGAAAGCCAUCCACUACCAUGAACGAGACCUCAAAAUUUCUAAAGAAGUGGGAGACAGGGCAGGAGAAGGAAUUGCCUACAGUAAUCUUGGCAACGCCUAUGACAGUCUUGCAGAUUUCCAGAAAGCUAUAGAGUACCAUGAACGACACCUUAAAAUUUCCAAAGAAGUGGGAGACAUGGCAGGAGAAUUAAAAGCGUACUGUAAUCUUGGGAACGCCAAUGACAGUCUUGGAGAUUUCCAGAAAGCCAUAGAGUACCAUGAACGACACCUCAAAAUUUCCAAAGAAAUGGGAGACAGGGCAGGAGAAGGAAAAGCCUACAGUAAUCUUGGCAACACCUAUGACAGUCUUGGAGAUUUCCAGAAAGCCAUAGAGUACCAUGAACGGCACCUCAAAAUUUCCAAAGAAGUGGGAGACAGGGCAGGAGAAGGAAAAGCGUACUGUAAUCUUGGCAACGCUUUAAGAAAUCUUGGAGACUUUCAGAAAGCCAUAGAGUACCAUCAACGACACCUCAAAAUUUCUAAAGAAAUGGGAGACAGGGCAGGAGAAGGAAAAGCCUACGGUAAUCUUGGCAACGCCUAUGACAGUCUUGCAGAUUUUCAGAAAGCCAUAGAGUACAAUAAACGACACCUUAAAAUUUCCAAAGAAGUGGGAGAUAGGGCAGAAGAAGGAAAAGCGUACGGUAAUCUUGGCAACACCUAUGACAGUCUUGGAGAUUUCCAGAAAGCCAUAGAGUACCAUGAACGACACCUCAAAAUUUUCAAAGAAGUGGGAGACAGGGCAGGAGAAGGAAUUGCCUACUGUAAUCUUGGCAUCUCUUUUAAAAAUCUUGGAGAUUUCCAGAAAGCCAUAGAGUACCAUGAACGACACCUCAAAAUUUCCAAAGAAAUGGGAGACAGGGCAGGAGAAGGAAAAGCGUACUGCAAUCUUGGCAACGCCUAUCACAGUCUUGGAGAUUUCCAGAAAGCCAUCGACUACCAUGAACGAGACCUUAAAAUUUCUAAAGAAGUGGGAGACAGGGCAGGAGAAGGACAAGCGUACUGUAAUCUCGGCAACGCCUAUGAUAGUCUUGGAGAUUUCCAGAAAGCCAUAGAGUACCAUGAUCGAGACCUGAAAAUUUCAAAAGAAGUGGGAGACAGGGUAGGAGAAGGGAAAGCUUACGGUAAUCUUGGCAACGCCUAUGACAGUGUUGGAGACUUCCAGAAAGCCAUAGAGUACCAUGAACGACACCUCAAAAUUUCCAAAGAAAUGGGAGACAGGGCAGGAGAAGGAAAAGCGUACUGUAAUCUUGGCAACGCCUAUGACAGUCUUGGAGAUUUCCAGAAAGCCAUAGAGUACCAUGAACGACACCUCAAAAUUUCCAAAGAAAUGGGAAACAGGUUAGGAGAAGGAAAAGCGUACUCUAAUCUUGGCAUCACUUUAAGAAAUCUUGGAGACUUCCAGAAAGCCAUAGAGUACCAUGAACGAGACCUCAAAAUUUCCAAAGAAGUGGGAGACAGGGCAGGAGAAGGAAUUGCCUACUGUAAUCUUGGCAACGCCUAUGACAGUCUUGGAGAUUUCCAGAAAGCCAUAGAGUACCAUGAACGAGACCUGAAAAUUUCCAGUGAAGUGGGAGACAGGGCAGGAGAAGGACAAGCGUACGGUAAUCUUGGUAACGCCUAUAACAGUCUUGGAGAUUUUCAGACAGCCAUUUACUGUUAUAAAAACAGUUUCAUUGCCUUCGACUAUAUCAGGGGAAAUCUCAUAUCUAAUGACGAAUGGAAGAUUAGUCUUGGGAGUACGUAUGAUAAUAUUAAUUUGAGGCUAUGGGGGCUACAGCUUAAACAAGGUAAAUUGGUCGAGGCACUUUUAACUGCUGAUCAUGGACGUGCCCAAGCUUUAAAUGAUCUUCUGAAGUUCAAGUAUGGGUUUAAAGGGUUGUCUCCAGAAAUAGGAACAUUCUCACCAAAACCUGACAUUCUUAAUUACCUACCAUCAAAUACAGCUUUUAUAGGUAUCAACGAGGAAGAAAUAGUUCUCUGGGUAAACGAGAAAGGAAACGAAAUUAAAACUAGAAAAACUCAGUUCGAUAUCUCCGUCAAAACCUAUUUUCAGUCUCUACUGGAGACUGCACUUGAAAAAAUAGGUGUGAGAGCUGAUGUUAACUGUGAAGAUCGCUCAUUAAGGAACCCAAGUGAUAACAAGUUAGCAGAAAAAAGAUCCAGCAAACCAAGGUCUCAUUCCUCAUCUUUUGAGACAAAGUCAUUACAAGCAUUUUACAAAGUUGUUAUGGACCCUAUAAGAGACUUACUCCAAAGCGAUGAGGUUGUAGUUGUUCCACAAGGAACUCUUUGUUUGGCCCCUUAUGCUGCUUUCAUUGACUUGAAAUCUAAGUACCUCUGCGAAACUUUUAGAAUUCGCCUACUUCCCUCACUUUCUAGUCUGCGAUUAAUCCAAAAUUGUCCAGCAGAUUGGCACAGCAGGACUGGCGCUCUUCUCGUCGGCGAUCCGUGGGUACAGGAGGUAGUUUAUGAAGGAAUGAGGCUAGAGCAGUUAGCGUGGGCCGCAAAGGAAGUGCAGAUGAUUGGGGAAAUACUUCAAACUGAACCUCUCGUUGGAAAGCAGGCAACAAAAGAAGAAGUCUUAACACGUAUCUCCUCGGUUGCUUUGGUGCACAUUGCUGCUCACGGUGAAAUGGAAACAGGAGAAAUUGCCUUGGCCCCAAACACAACACGUUUAUCCGUGAAUCCAGCCAGGGAGGACUAUCUCUUAACUAUGAAAGAUGUUUUAAAGGCGCAGAUUAGGGCAAGACUUCUUGUACUUAGUUGUUGUCAUAGUGCCCGGGGAGAAGUCAAAUCUGAAGGUGUGGUCGGUAUUGCACGGGCAUUUUUAGGUGCUGGUGCUCGCUCUGUUCUGGUAUCCCUGUGGGCGAUCGACGACGAAGCUACUAUGGAGUUCAUGAAAGUUUUCUACCAACAUUUAGUCCAUGGACGAAGUGCCAGUGAGGCUCUGAAUAAAGCCAUGAAAUCUAUGAGAGAAUCUGACCGCUUUAACGCAGUGAAGUACUGGGCACCGUUUGUUCUUAUUGGUGACGACGUAAUGCUGGAGUUUGAAGGCAUUCAAUAAAUAGCAAGGUAUUUUGGGAUAUUUAAACCUUGGAAAAUCGUACGUGCUUUACGAAACGUAAUUUUAACAAGGAAUUAUUUUUGCCAUUUUAUUGAGCAACGAACUCAUGUAGCAGGCGUCAAAAGGGGUAAGGGUUUGAAAGGGUGGAGGGGGUGGCUAAUUUGAUGCAAUGGGAUUAGUAGAGGAUUAAAAGCGGCCAACUGUUGCAAUGUCAUGUAAUGUGGAAAUAAUGAUACCUUGAUAAAAUUAUAAAUUGGAAGGAGUUUGAGGGAAAACUAUCUUUCAUAAUAUUACGACUGUAAUUUGUCACCAGUCCGGUUGUCAAGCGAGUCCCAGGGGCGGGCCCAGGGGUAGGGCAUAUGACAGCACAUCUGAGCGAUAAAAAUUCCAUUUCACUUCAAUCUUCAAAUCACACACAAAGUGUGAGCCUUGUUCAGAAGGUCACUUAUCACGAAGCAUAUCUGACAGUGUCAACCGGUGCCACGUAGCGUCAAUCUGCCAAUGACAGGUCAAUUUUACAACAACAAUGGAGUGUGCCUUUGGUAGUUCUUUUGGCAGUUAAACACUAGAAAAAUUAUUACAAGUAUCAUGAUUUUUUCACAUUUCAAAGUAUCGGUGGCCCCGUCUGAGUUCGUUGCACUGUGACUUACAUUCGAACCUGAUGUAAGCGACGACACAAAAUGCGAAGAUCAAAUUUCCGGUCGAUUAUUUUACAGAAGGUAGUCGCUUGGUCUCCAGAUAUGAUAAAUCCUCUAUUAAGCCUCCCGGGAAUUUAUUCAUUUCAAGAACGUUUGAGAGGGAGGAGGAGCUUAUUUAAUUAAGCGAAGAUUGUGAUAUCAUUUCUCCAUAAAGAACUAGAACCUAAAAAACCUAAAAAAUCUCAGGCACAUGAAGUUGGAGGUCAUGAUUAGCCGAAGAUUAAAAUCAAAUGGGAACUUUAAGUUCGUGAAUAAACCAUAGCCGAUAAUCAGUCCACAUGAAGGGUUACAGUCGUGAUAAAUUAAUACAUCUAUUAUACGUCUAUUAUAUAAGAAUAGGGAGAGGAUGCUUGAAAGACAUAGGAGGUUUAAUAACUUUCCUCUGAAAAGGGGAGCUUAUGAGAGAGGGCCAGGCUUAAUAGGGAAUUUAUGGUAUUCAAGUUUAUUUAAAUGUACAAUAAGUCUAAUCAUUGCUUGAAGUUACGAUUUUAAAUGGGACCCUUGCUCUAAUACAUUUAGGGCGUGUUCGAUUCAACGUAUUCUGCGUCUUAAUUAAAAAUAAAUAAAUACAGUAAACUCGCUAGAAAUCACUUGUUCUGUCUUUCAUUCUGUUGCAAUAUCUACAAAAUGGCUUGAAAUAAAGUAUUUUGAUCUAUAUAAACCUUAAAUGGUUCAAGAAUUAGGGUAUAGAAGAGGUUUGUAUCAAAACUUUCGCGUAUUCUUAUUCCGGAGUACGAUCAAUCGAGCACACUCUUAAAAGUCAGUUGUCAAAAUGUUAUGCCUCGCCAGAUGAAGUCACUAUCCUUUUCUUUUGUUAGCUUGCUAACGUUGCUUUUUGCUGUUGUCGUUGUUGUUGUAUAGGUAUGAUGAAGAAUGCAGUGAAGCAGUUCCUAACUACCUGAGGGUGAAGUCAGUUUCUUAUUUUGUCACAAUUACGAGGUGGAGCGUUCCUCGCAACAAUAGGAACGCUUUAUCCAGAAGAGAUAAUUAUAUGCUGUUAAUAUUUUGCGUAGUCUGAAAAUUACAGUGUACGUUUCGUAGCUUAUUCGACCAGUCAUGUGCACUUGAAACUUGUUUUAUAGUCACCUGAAAAAUAUCGGGAAUCAGUAGUCAAUUUCGGUUAUUUUCAUCGAUACCACAUGGGACAGAGGCACUUUAGACUAGCAAUUUAUUAUAGCUCUUUCCUGUUACAUUAUGUACACAGUUCUAGUUUUUAAUUCUUUUGGUAGAUUGGUUUAAGUUUAUUAGUGUCUAGAUUGGUUUGAUUUAAGUCUAUAUGACCUUCAAUUAUACAUAUGUAUAGAGGAUACGUUUUACACCUCGCCUAAAUUGUGCCUAUAGAAAUUAAGACGGUAUCCACCAGCAAUGAUGUGGAACUUAAUUGUAAUGCUGACUAGGAACGUAUACCUUAGGUACCUAAGGUCAUAAAACACUGGCCAGUACAAAUGUCGUAUACCUUAGUGAAGCGGUGUCCUUGUUGGCUGAUCGAAAUCUUCGUUAUAGUUUUUUAAACAAAACGGAAAAUUGAGCUAAAUCGUCAAAUUAGAUAAAAUAAAGAAAUAAAUAGGAUUCCUCAUGAGACAAUGUAGAAAGUUUCUGAUAGGGUUGUCUACUGACACCACCUGUUGAAUGCAGUAAGCGUACCCAACAUAGCAGGGGCAAGAAGUGUAGCAAGCAAACGUAGCAAGAGAAGUAUACCAAACGUACUGUAGCAAGCGCAGCAAGUGUAUCGUAGCACCCUCAAGCGUAGUAGCAAACAUAACAAGUGUAACAAGUGUAGCAAGCGCCGGUAGCAAGUGUAGCAAGCAAACUUUGCAAACGUAUAGCACGCGUAGCAAGUGUACCGGCAAACGAAGCAAGCGUAGCAAUUGCAGCAAGCGUAGCAGGUGUAGCAAGUGUAGCAAGAUGAGCAAGCGUAGCAAGUAGCAAAGUGAAGUAAGUGUAGCAGGUGUAGCAAUUGGACUGUUAUAAUAACAAUCAUUUCGGCUAAUUAUGUUUUACUUGUAGGGCACAAGUGAUUAUGUAAUAUUGGUGAACAUACUGGUAAUUCGUUUGUUUUACGUUUUUGACUAUAAGCGCAAGCUCUCAGCAAGACUUGAAAUGUUUGCGUUACUACACAUUACUCUCCUAACCUUCUUAGUGCCAAGCAGUGGUGGUUUACAUAAAAUACUCAUACAAGAGGUAAGACGUUACUGUUAAAGCAGGCAAUGGGUACCAGGGGUUUUUCUCCCGCUGCUUCCGGCGUUUAAAUCACGGAUCUACGUUUAUAACACGGGUCUGCAUUUCUCGAAACUCCCGAAAAACUAUGUUACGUGAACUUAGUUCAUGAAAUGAAGUCGGAUUUCUAGCAUUUUUUGACUAUUUUAAGGAAAGCGCCGGCUAUAAAAUAGAGAAAUUAAUUGGGAAGGUUUGUCUAAAAAGCUAAUCCCAAGUGCUAGAAAACAAACUUGAAAAAUUAUGUUUGGGCAUGAAACGUUUCCCGCAGUUUUGAGAGACGCACACCAGGUAAAGCAAAUCCUAUGGUUUUCAUGGUCUCAUUCCGUUACUGCAACUUCACCGAUUAAAUGUCAGAACCUCUGGAAAUGCGCUGGUGUCCGGUUAAUAGAGGUUUGGCUGUAUCUUUGUCUACCUGUUAUAAGUAAUUCAGCUUCCAGCAAAUAUGAAAGCACACAAACCAUCUUCAGUCUUUGCAUGAUUAAAAUGGACAACCUUCCCCAGUUCCCGAAUACUUUUUGUCACAUGACAUAUUUUACAUAUAUUCCUUGAAAAUCAAUACGUUUCCCGGCUGUAUGCCCUUUUGAGGUUCCUUGAUAAUUAAUUUUUAAGGGGUACAAAGGAAGUUUGAAUAAAGGGACGACAUUCCUUCCCCUAAACUGACCUAUACCGUAAAAGAUCUAUUAAACCCCUGGGGUGUGUGUUAAUUUAUUUUAAGUUUUCAGAGGGACCUCUUCUGUAUCCGGUAUCAGUAAUAGGGGGGCGUUUAAAAACAUUUGAGUCUUGGUAAAUGAAUUUGCCAAAAUAUAUACAUUACAAUUUCGUCCCCGAUGCCAAUAGGGAACUUAAGCAACAACGACGGCGAAUUUUUCUGGAGUUGAUUUUUAAAGACUGUAUCAAAGUUCAAGAAAAGAAAAAGAAAAAAGAAAGAAAGUCGUUGUCUUCGUUCACGUCCUCGACAAAACGUCAAAUUAGGCACUUUCACGUUGUAGUAGUGCAGCGACGGCAAGGAAAUGUAGAAAAAAGCGUGAUAUAUAUGCAAAGUUGUUGUUUUGCCAAAUGAAUCUAAACCAAGAGAGAGUGAUCUAGCUCAUUCUCUCUCUUGUCUAAACCUAUUGCUUUUUUGCCGUUCUUUUUGUCUUUGGUCAAGCUCCCUAAUGUCGAUAUUAUAAAAAGUGGUCCUAAACUUCCAUAGAGGGCUGAGAUGUAUGCCCUUCUGCCUGAUCUUGCCUAGGAAAAAACGUUUUCAGCAAAGAUAAUUAAUAAAAAAAACCUUCAGAGGCGUUACCCACGUGAUUGAACUAGAUCAAGAGCCAUUAUGGCUCUUGACUAGAUAUGGUGUGUACUUAGUAGGGUAGGGUUGGGAAUAUUAUAAGGUAGGGUAGGGUAGGGUUGGCUAGAGACUAUUAGUAAGGGCUUAUAAUCAGAAGCUGCGCUUUUAUUGGAUUGUUCGCGCUGGUGACUCAUUUAACUUGAAGUUUACUCUGAUGACCAAACGAUUAUUUUGAACUUGACAAGAAUUCUGCUGCCUCAUACAGAAACGUCAUUUAGACUAUUUAUCUGCUAAAGUUCCCUUUAUAUUUUCCUCUUGGAUAUAACAUUUAAUGUACAUUUAUGUGGAGAAGGUAGGCGGCAGUUUUAAUUUGAGCCACUUUUGACGGAAAAAACGUGUAAAUCCCUAUGACAUAGCUCGUCUGACAUUUGAUGUCAGAGCGAAUUUAUCAUUCAGGUAUUGCAUGUAACAAGAAAGCGUCAAAGCAAAAUUCUAACCCAAAUUUAGCCUGAAGUGUUAACCGCUUUCUCGCCCGACACAUUACGCUAGUUAACCUUAAAAUCCAAUCCCAAUCUCGACAGAAACGCGAGUCCCGUUUGCUACUAAACCAAAUUGAAAAACGCUUCUCGGGCCCUAAAGGUUUUCUAGAUUUUUGAGAAACGCACGCUUGAAAAGUUUUAGGGAGCUCCGAGAAAAGAACGUCUGAAAUUUAUUUCUGGUCAACUUAGACUAAGACUCUUAGCCAUGGACGUAACGAAACUUUAGCUUGUGUCGAGGGGUCAUUGUUAUGUCAAACUUUCACCAUCUUCAUCUUUCAGAUGGGGUUAUUAUUAUUUCCUUUAUAACAUUUCUUGUUUCACCUGGUGAGUUUUUUAAGGGUUUGUUUUGAGGGAGUUGCGAGCGUUUUAUCGAACAUCUGAAAACUGACAGCCGUCGUCAGUCAACAAAAGUUCUUUGAAGAGCCACGUUUUACCCUGGAUUCAGUGCGCAUUCUACUACGGCUGUGCAUCAUGUUCAAUUAGGAAUCUACGGCCUGGCCCAUAGAGGCUAUUACAAUUUUUUUUUUCUCGCUAACUCAGUUAUCGCGCGAUUUAGUAUACUUUGUCUGAGAAAGUUCGAGCUCACGAUAAAGUUUUUUUUUUAACUGAGAACUUUAUCGCGCGAUAACUUUUUAAACGUCGAAGAUCAAGCACGUAAUCUACAAACAUGGCGUACAGGUGUUUCGCUCUGCUAGAAAUCUCUGUUCUAUUUGCGUUAAUUCAUUCAUCAAGCGCCGUCCUGCCGCCUUAUAUCGGUGGUGAUUUGCAUCAUGAAAUAGCUAGCGGAGAGAGACGAGCUAAUCAGGAGUUACUUCAGUAUAUGGGUCUGAAUUAUUCUAAAAUAUUAUUCUACGCAAAGUAAAAAAAGUGCAAUAAAAUAAACAUUUAUAUUUUGGAUCCAAAGGUUUUAUCCAAGUAACAUGGAUUUCAUUAUCCGGCAUAGCAUUUUCCCCGACUCCACAGUUUUUUUCAAUCGGAUCCAACAUUACGUUUUUAUUCCUGAGAUCCAAAGUUCUUGCUAGGGAUCCAAAGUUAUUACUCCGGAUCCAAGGUUUUACUUCAGAUCCAUAAAUCCAAUCCAAUUAAUAUUCCGACACUCAAAUUUGAACACGUGACAAGUUUAAAAGACUGUUGCUCGGUAUUUUUGAAUCAAGGAAAGAAUUUUUUCUGUGCUGGUGUUUAGGAUCACUUCUUAUGGCAGAACGGCAACAAAAUCAAUAGAUCUAAUUAGCAAACAAAAAAACGUUGCACGGGCAGCACACAUUUUUGUACAUUUCUUUGCGUUGCUUUGCACCUGACUGCAAUAGAGCUUUACCGUCCUUGCACGAAUACGACGUGAAAAUGCCUAAUUGCAAGUUUUAUGGGGGACGUAAACAAGCGACGACGAAUCUCUGUUACUCUCUCUAAACUUGAGUGCGGUCCUCAAGAAAUCAACUCCAGGGAAAUUCGCGUACCCUUGCCAUUUUCAGCAAAUUGGAAUAAACGCGACAAAGAUAGAAAAAACGGGAAUUCUUUUCAAACUGACGUUUUCGUUGGCGUUGCCGUCGUCGAUGCUAAAGCUCCCUAAUGCCGUUUUCUACGUGCAGCACACGUUUUUGUACAUUUCUUUGCCGUUACUUUGCAUAACUAUAAUGCCGUUUUGUACGGGUAAACCCGGGUAAACUAACAUCAAAGCCAGAACUCGAGCAUGGACUCGACGCAGGACUCGACCAAUUUUUCGCUUUCCCGCCAUUUUCACCUUUUGCAAGUCACAUGACCAUUAAGAGGAGGGUUUUCGUGGCAGUCAUGGAAAGUAAGGGUUAGGGUAAGAUUAGGUUUGGUUUUAUUUGUUUAUGUAUUAUUUUUAUAUAUUUUUUUAUGCUUACAGAAAAAAAUAGAAAAGUCCUAACUAGAGUCCUGGUUCGAGUCCUGGCUCGCUAUAUUGGCAUCCUCGUAAAAGUCACGUCUCAAUAGGCCACUUGCACUGAUAGGUCACGUGACCAAUGCUUCCUUUAAACAAUGAGUUGGAAUCUUUCUGAUGCCAAAAAUUGACAUAGCACAUAAAAAUUAUCUUAAGCCGAAAUUUGAGAGGAAACACAUUUAAGGGAGAUAUUUUAUGCCACUUUGAUUUUUCAACAAAGUAGUUUGAUUUGUAUUGGCCGCCAUGUUGCCCUCCAACAUGGCGGCCAAAACUACUUUUUGCUUAUAUCUUGUCAAAAGUUUGAUAGCUACUCUCAGAUGUGCUGUAAACGUUACCGCAUCAUCUUUUCAACAUUUUCCUUGCAGUUUAAGUGCAAAAUUUGUGUUCAAAAAGAGGUAAUUCAUAAUUUUAAAAAUCACAUUUUGGUCACGUGACCAGCUACGAACUUACCCAUUUUAAGAAAAUGGUGCGGGUUUGAAAAACCAACUCACUGUUAUUUUGUUUAAGAUAUGACCCACAAAUCGUUUUUCGAAGGCAAAAUCAUAUAACUUUCAUUUUCAUAAAAACGAUGUCACAUGACCUCUUAGUGCAAAUGGCCUUUUAAUUUAAUGGCCAACGGGGAGGAAGCAAAUUUUCCGGAAAAAAAUUCUUACAAAGGGUUGCACUCAAAAAAAAAAAACAUUCUUGGACAGGCAAUCGCAAGAAAAACAUUCUUGGUUGCCUAAAGACCCCCCAACAACCCCUUCCCCAUCACUUUUCUAAUAGUCCUUCUCUAACUGACCAACUAACCCCCAGCAGCUCACCACUCAAAACAUACACCGGAAUAAAAUAUUGCAAUUUAAAAGACAUUCAUAAGUCAAUCCAUUACACAGCUUGAUGUUCUCUUGAGUUUUCUAUAAUUGUUGACUGAAUUAAAAACACUUCGUCUGUCUUUACUUCUCAGUUUUGUCACACAAGAAGUUUCUAAAGUAGUCAGCAUAUUCUUUAGGAAUAAGAUCCUCUCCUUCAAGUAUCUCAUUGAGAUAAAUUUGGCUCGGUUUUAGCCCCUCUUUAACAUACUCUUCACACGCUUGAUACGCUGUCGCAUCCACGAUUUCGCCGCUUUUUCUCUUCACCUGUACGAUCACUCUCCGAAGCCUCCCUGCUUCGUGUUCAUCUAACUUGGCUAAACUUCCUUUCAAGCAGAUGUACAAGGCACCAUAAACGGUUGACUCCUUAUCUGGGAUAAUAUUAGCAUAACCAAAGCCAUCGUCUUUCCAUAUACUCAAUACGACGCGAAAUCCUCGAAGCACUGCGCUUUCGCGAGAGAUGAACCUAGUGCCGCGUUCCCGCAUUUUUCUUGCUCUCAGAUUUGACCCAAAAGCAAAGUAAAGCUCUGUUUCUUCCAUGGGUGUACAGUGUCCUUGACUGUUUUAUACCAAGUUGUGGUCGCUGAUGAAAAUGAGUCACACUUGAUCGCCCUAGUGUGCGAUGAUGCUCACAGUUGCAUCUCGUUAGCUCAUUAGCUGUCCAAGGCGUUUCAAAGUCAUGGAGUGGCGUGAAGGAGAGUGGCAGCGGACCUGCCAUUCGAAACGAGUGAAAGGUGAAAAUCCCUCCUUGACUUGCUCCCAAUCUUCACGUGGCUCCGCCGCCAAAAAAACUACAGCACUCGCGGCUAAAUCGCUAGCAACGCAAGCUAAGGAGAGUGUGAGUCUCCGUUCCCUUUUUCAUGCCGAUCUCUUCUAUUUCUUCUCUCCAUGAGUCACCACUUUAUGAAUUCGGCACCCCAUGUAUGGUAAUCAUCCUAGAAUACGAGCAGUAUCUCUUUUUUUUAAUAGUCCGUCGAGCAAAACGCGCGACACAAGCAAAGAACAUGGGCAUAAAUGAAGGCGCGAGACAGGAGAGCACGCUCUUUCCUUCCAUCUUUCGUGUGCGUGCACUCCCCUCACUAAAUCCGAAGAAAAAGAGAGACUGCUCGCAGUUUAUAAUCAUCCGGAAUCAGGGAAAUUUUUUAGUUUAGAAUCCAGAGUCCUGGGCUUUGGAAUCCCUAAUUUAGCUAAAAAAAAAUCCAGAAUUCUGCUGCCGUUAACUGAGAAAAUGCUUUUGAUCAAAAGAAAAACAAACCCAGAUUUUGGAUAUCUCAAGGAAUUACGUCUUGCACAAGACUCUUUGCAGAUGAUAUGAAGGUGUAGACCUUGGGUACUGAGGGACACUAAGAAAGAUGUGGAAGAACUCGGCAGAAAGAUCUUACUCGUUUGGAAUCCCGGGGAGGGUACUCCCAUACAUUACCAAGAGCCAUCAUAAGUCCAAGAGAGGAUAAAGGGGACAGAGAGGGCAUCCUCCGUACUCACCUUAUUCCAUAGGUAAUUCGUCUCGAGUUAUUUUUAAGACCACAGAUCCCAAGGGGGAUUGGACAACAGCCAAUCACAUAGCUCGAAUGUGUUCCGCGUGGAUAACCCACGCUCAGAGCCACGCGUCCUUCACGAAUUGAGGCAGAAAAAAAUGGCGGAAGACGCGGAGAGCGAUAUUGCUAUUCGUUUUGUCGACGAAAACGAGAGAUUUUUGCUAAAGCUGUGUCAGCGAAACGAAAAUUAAAAAAGAAUCGCCCUUCCUCUCUUGCAUAGAGCUAACAAUACAGCAGGGAAAUCCUUAACACACUGAAUAUUCCCUCAGGAUAAUCUAUAAUUUACAGUUUGAAGAGAGCAAUUUCUGGUUUGAUAUUUAUUCUUUCAUUAGUCUUUUAUUAUUCAACAAAAAUAACACUUGGCGUCCUAUAAUAAUAAUGACAAUUUAAUAACUUCUAGAGCGCUAUUUACAUUCACUGAUCAACAGCGCUUAACAACUUAAAAAACUACAAUAAAAUUCAAAUUUGUAAAACUAAUUACAUGUUCAUGCAUAUUACUUGCUACUUGCAAAUAACAUGUUUGCUGGCCAAAGUUAUCUGGCCGCUUUAAAGAGUAAAACAAUUUCGUGACUCCAAUGCUAUUGAAGCUCAAUUUGACUAAAGUGCCCAACAGUUUCUCAGCAGCGAUUCCCUUUUCCCAUGUGAGCGCCGACUCAUUUCGCUUCAAUAUUCAGAUAUGCUCUCGAUCUCUUUACGCCUUCAUUGCCCUUCGCCAGACAUGUUUUGCACGGCGUUUAGUUAUGCGAAACCUCCACGAAACCUCCACGCAGCGCGCGAGGUAACUUUAUCCCGAUUCUAAAAAUAACUCGAGACGAAUUACCUAUGCAAUAGGGUGUAUAUGGGGGAUACCUUCUUUGUCCCCUUUAUCCUCUCUUGUUAGUCCUAUUAUGGCUCUUGACAUUACCUAUAUGGGUAUGUGCCGCCCAACGGGGUCGUGAUUUUGAAGCUCCUGAUUUAGAACGGGGUAUCCAUUUCAGAGGCGUUUUCUAGAACGGGGUAUAAUAUUUAGAACACACGAUAGCUCCAGUUUUGAAAGCAGCCAUUUGAAAUUAUUCAAGGACAGAUUGCUUUUAGAAAUACGGUUCAAUGCGUUAACAAGCAAACUGUAUUGUUGCACCCUCUGUUUUAGCGUGCAGGGUAGGCGUAUUUUGGCGCGAGCCCAUUUCUAGAACGGGGUAUCAGUUUUAGGGCGAAUUCUAGAACGGGGUAUAAAAAAAUGGCCCAUUUCUGGAACGGGGUAUCAAUUUUAGGGGAAAAUUUUUUUAGAACGGGGUGCCAAGAGAAGACAGAUAGUAUCUGAGAAGACAGAUAGUGAGUACAAUGUAUAAUAAAUGGGGUUAUAGGUGUGAAAAUCCGAGAUUUUGGAAAAGGGGAAAUAAAUCAUUUCAUCCUGGAGUAGGCCUGGGAACAAGUUUCGAAGGCUCAAUCAAGAGAAGCUGUACAGCGGUUAUAAGCUGAAGCACUGGAAAAUUCAAGAUGGAGGACGGUAAGCAUGCUUCCCCCCGGACUUAUUGCUUAAAUUUAUCCUUAAUUUGGCGCUAUUCAGUUUUAAAAACAUGUCUUCUUUAUGUUAUUAAGUCUUUUUUCUUAUUUAUUUCACGAAAAUGAAACGUUUCCAACUCUACGCAGCGUUGAUUUUCAGCUUUUUCGUGAUUUGGUCUGGUUUGUAACGCUAUGUCGAUGAGUUAUUCUUCUGAUUUCAACUAAUCUCACUAGUAUUACAUAUCUAAUCUUUGAGGGUUUGAUACUUCAAUUUAUAAUUGGUUUCAGGUGCUAGGAGAAUCUCUGCCAUUACUCUCAUAAAAUGAUCGUGAAAAAUGUACCUUUUUCCUUUGUAAAUAUCAUUUUUUGGUCCAGGAAUUCUCUCAAAAUGCUAACAGUAUGAAAUGUAUUUCUUUUAGUUGUUGAUCAGUUGUUUAGCUCAGUUUCCAUUGGGAUCAUGUGACCCUUUAUAAGCCGCUCCUUGAGAAUUUCACAGUACUUGACACUGAACAGUUUACUCGUGGCGGCUUUUUUCGGCUUCUUUGAGGUUUAUGGGAUUUCCUACAUUUAAUUUGUACUAAUUGUACUUUUGCAUUGCUUUUUCAAAAUGAUCUGGCAUCCGUUUACUUUGUUAAUUUUUUGCUUAGCGUAUCUUGUCAGUGCUUAUGAUGUAUCUUACAUCUAGCUGUUCUUAGUGCUCUGUAUUUGUAUUUUUUGCAUAUAUCCCCUAUAUUUUGGUGCUUUUGCUGUAACUCUUAUUGGUAUAAUAAACAAUUAUUUUUUUGUAAUUACGUAUAACAAUUUUGAAAUAUCACUUGUGGUAUUUAUGCCAAAUAUCACUACCUAUAUUACGUAUACUAACGUAAAGUUCCUGAGCACAUAAGCAAGUGUAAUUAGAAAAAAUAAUAUUAACAAAGUGAUCUAGACAUUAUCUCUUUUAGUGCCUGGAAAAAUACCUGUAAAUCCAUGACAAAAGAUCUCUAUGCAUCAUACCAAAGAGAGACUAAUCUGUUAGUUUUUUAUGUUGUUUUGGUAGAUCUUGAAUUGGAGCAUGAGGGAGCAGCUGCAGGAUCCACCUCACAGCCAGUUAGGCGAAACAUUUCUUUAAAACUGAAAGCAAAGAGCAAGUCAGCAAGCUCAUUGUCAUCUGGGAAAAGCAAGAAAAAGGAAGGAAAAAGUGGAGAAAAGUCAAGGACAGGAUCUGAAGGUAAAGAAGUCAAUUUUCUUCAACGCUGUACAAUGUAUGUCCAGUUUUAAGCCAUGCUGUCAUGUUGUUUCCUUAGAAUAAAAAUAAGCAACAUUGACAAGUUUUUCAUUAUUUUUACUGUGAAUGUUUGUUUAUUCAAAACAGACAAUCAGUAUUACAGUGGAACCUCGAUAUAAUGAAACUCUGUACAACGAAGUCCGGUAUAACAAACGAUUUUCUUUACCCCAGUCAUAGUAAGAUAUGAAAAAGAACCUCGAUAUAAUGAAACCUCGUCGAUAUGGCAAACACAUUUUGCCAGUCGCCUAGCCCUUCGUUAAAUCGAGGUUCCACUGUGCAGAUGUUUCUAGAACCUUCUGGAAAAACCUAAUUGGAAAAACAGGUUUUUCAAGAAUGGUCUUUUUGUUGUUACAUCUUACCUGUUUUCACCCUUUUGUCACUAACUAGUCUGUCAGAGAGUUCUCUUGUAUUUUGGCUCAUAAAUAAAUUUCAAUUUGUCUUUGAAAACGUCCAAGGCUCUGGUAAAUUUAUUAAGUUGAAUGCCAACAAGGGUGUCCUGUGAUUAGCUAGUAUCCCAUCCAGAGAGGUUAGCCAUACUCCUACGGUGUAAAUGCUUCAUGCUACAGAAAUUAGGUUAUGCUCUGGCUGUUUGGGCGUCAAGAUGUAGGUCUGCCUCUACCUGCUUUUGCACCGAGUUACACUGCUCUUUUGGAUGUUAAUUCUUGCCUUCAGUUGUACUGUUAUUUAUUGUGUACUGUAAGUGUCAAAAUUCUAUCCUCAUGGUAAAAGUUCUUAUAUUUUUUAAAAGAAUUUGUCAUUCAUGUGUACCAGCUGCCAUACAACCAUGAUUUUUUGUAAUGAAAUAGAAAAAGAGUUGUGUGUUUCUUUACACAAAUCCUGGUCAAAAUUAUUUGUUUAUAUAAUUUUGCCUGGAUUUGUGUCAAAGUUUUUCAGGUAGAGGCCAUAGAGUAUAGUUAGGUUGUAAUGACAGGUUGUUCAGUCUUCAGAUGAUAAGAUUUAAGUAAAACCACGUAAACUCAAACGUAAGUUCAAGUUCAAGUUCACUUAGUCACAUUUAUUCAAUUACCAUACAACAACAAAUAAGAAAAAAAAGAAGUAAAACAGAGCUAACUAUACAUUGAAUUAAACAUAACAAAGGAAAAAAAGUGUGUUGCAGCCAAAGGACCCAAGCUUUCGAGUUGGCUUCUACCACAGAGCGGUUACAUCUUGCUCAGUGCCAUUUUGUUGUAAAAUUCCUCUUAGUUGCAAGAAGCCCUGGAUAGUUAUUUUAUGCUUAGGUGUUUGUCAUAUCUAUUAGGUGAUAAGGAAAGUAAAAGGAAAGAGAAAUCCCCUGGAACAGCUGCCACAGCUCAAGUGGUUGUUAUAAGAGAACUCAAGUGGGAUCAUCAAGUAUGUACUAUUAAUUUUUAUGAUUUCUGCUCAUUUAGUUCCAGUCACUCAGCCCCUAUUUGAAAGUCGUUUACCGUAAACGACCUAAUAAACGUCUACUUCUAAUUAAAGCACCCUCAAUGCUGUUAAAAUUUUAUUAGAUGCCCUCUGUAAUAAACGCCCCUGUCUAAUAGUUAGACGGCUCCCCAUAAGAAUUACUCCAAAACACUAGGAAUUAGCAAAAGGAGCAAAAUCAUUCAAUUCAUUCAGUUUCUUGCUUGAUUAGCAAGGGUAAAUGUGUAUUUCAUCUUGUUCAAUGUCAAGUUAAAAGUGCGGAUAGACUAACGAUGCCAACACAAUAACAAUGAACAAGCAUUCUAACAUCAAUGUUGGGAUUUGAAAAAGAGCGAUAAUAUAGAUCUCUAGACGGCCUAGACGUAUCAAUUGAUAGAGUGGAUAUUCCGCUAUUUUUAAACUCUCUUGAUAUUUUUGCUGAAAGCAUGUUAGGUUUGUUGAGCUUGUUACAGUUAUGAGAAUAAACCCUUCUCUCUUUUAAACGCCUCCUUUCUAUUAAAGACCCCAACCUUGGACCCCUAGAAUUAACUAGACACCCUGGGUGUUUAUUAGGUCAUUUACAAUAACCCCCCCAAAUUAAAGUGCCUAUCACCCGUAUUCAGUUAUAUUAAAUUUCGAACAUUUAUGUAGUUUAAAGAAUUUUUGCAAAGAAAUAAAAGUUAUUUUGCGUUUCAACACACUUUUAUCGAAGGACAAAAUUGGCAAUUUGAGGCUAAUUUCUUGUCAUAUUUAUUCAAAAAAGAGUGAUUGAGAGACUGGGCACUAAAUGCUUGUGAUGUCAACCGGGUAUCUUGUAGCCAAUCAUGUUAUUGCUGAGGUACCGGGUUGACGUCACAGACUACGCGACCCAGUCCCCAAUAAGGCACAUUUUUUACUUCGUGAACCGGGAUUUUGAUUGCUUGUUAAAAAUCAAGAUUGAGCUCAAAUCCCAUUCUAUUGCUUGUUUUUGCAUGUUAUAUGUUUCUACUUCUUAAAAAGAAAGAUAUUGGCUAUGGGUUAUAGGCACUUUAAGUCAUUAUUUUUUUCAUCUUAAAGAUUUUAGCCCCGUACUUGUAGAUGAGAUAACUUUGGCUCUAACGUUUCUGUUAUCAUAUCAGUUUUGUCAUUCAAACAAGACAUUUACUGUUAGGUUUCAAAAUAGUAAAGCUUAUCCUCCUGUCUUCCUCACAGAUUUUGCCAAUUGGGCAAAAAGUGCAAGAUCCACUUCUCCACCUUUGUGAAAAGGGCUCUCUCCCUAUCCUUGUUUGUGGCUACUGGUAUGUAUAACAAGUAUUUACAAGUAUGUACUCCUUUACCAGGGUGCAAAGAAAGUCGUGUCUGAUAGCCCGGGACUAGUGGAUUUUGUUAUCAGGCUAGUGAAUUCUGUUCUCAAUUUACCCUAUUGGCAAAUGGAUUUUUUUUAGGAAAUUCACAUUACAGGAAAACUGUAAUCAAUCCUGCUCAUGAAAAUUUUUUUCGGGUUAAUUAAAAUGGCUCUUGGGCUGGUACAAUGUACAUGCUAGUUGCAGCUUGCACGUAUGGCAAGCAAUGCAAAACUGACUUUCUUUGCACCCUGUUUACUCCACGAGUUAAUGACAUAAUCUCGUGAUGUAUGAAUGCACUGAGGCUCUUGUUUGUUAGUCUGUGGAUGAAAGUCUUGGUGUUAUCUUCUAAAUUCUCUUUGAUGGAACCUCUGCAAGAUUUUUUUUUUAAUAAUAAUAUUUUUCUGGAGCUCUCAGUUUUUCAUUUUUAUAACUCCAGUGUUAUUCUGCUGGUGUAUCUCCUAUGGUAUCUUGUGAUCAGUACUUGAACUGUUGUAACAAAAUUGUUGUAGAAUUUAGUGGUAUCCAGAUCAUUGAUUAUAGUGGAUAACUGAUAAAAAAACCUCCAGUAACUGGAUAUUGACGAGGCCUUAUACACCUACUGGUGCGAUGAGACAUGAUGAUGAUGAUGAACUGGAUAUUGAUCGUGGAAAAUGUUCACAUGAAUAUCCACCCAAAAUAAAAAUAAAAUUUAUAGUUGACAAAUCAUGUCUUUUAGAAUAUUAAAACCUGGGCGCUGUAUUUUUAAUGUCUCAUACAGUGAUGCAGCUUUAAUGCAUUGAUGACCCUUUUCUGAUACCUUUCAUACACGUAUGUUUUUGUCAUGUUCCUGGAAAUAAUGUGCAUCAAUGGCCCUGCUUAACUCUCUUUAGGUUUGUAAGGGUAAGUUUGUUCACAUUCAAUUGUACACAUUGUGUUAAGAUGGGUAAAAGAAACAUGUAGGUAAUUAUGAUUUAAAACGAGCAUUAAGUCCAAUUGUAAGUACAGCCCAAAAAUCUGGGUGUAUAGAAAAACACUUUCUACAUGACUGUCUUGUUCAUGUACCCUUCAAAAUUAAUAAUUUAUGCCUUCCUUGUCUUUAUUUCAGAGUCCAUGCAAACACUCUCUCUGUUUAACAUGCGCAGAAAAGGGAAAUGGAAAAUGCCCAAGGUACAAGUAGAUUUAAAAUAGAUUUCAUCAUUUUUGUUACCUCAGUGCAACUUGGUCUGCCAAAAAAUAAUGUUUACACUGGGCUGUACAUUCAAUGCUAUGUCACUAGAAACGUGGUUGCUUUUGUUUGUACGUAAUUUUUACUACAACUUGUUUAAUCAAGACCAGGCACUUUGGAGUUCUCAAAAACUCGUUUGAUUGGGUUUUUGAGGUCCAGAACCAAGUACAUGCAAUGUUACGCCAAGUGUGGAUGACCUUGGUUGUUCAUGUUAUUUUGACUUUAACUUGCUUAAGCACAAGGCACUUCAGAGUUCUUAAAAACGUGUUCCAAAGGGUUUGUAAGUUCUAGAACUAAUAUUACUUUCAAUGCUAUGCCACUAGAAGUGUGGUUGACUUUGGUUGUUCGUGUAAUUUUGACUAAACUUGCUUAAUAAUCACAAGGCACUUUGGAGUUCUUUUAAACUUGUUCCAAAGGGUUUGCGAGUUCUAGAACCAAUAAUAACUGGAAUUUGGAAGUGUAAGAUCGUUACCAGGACUUGAAUUUUGGCCACAUGACAAAAAAAAAUCUCAAAAUUCAAAUGAUGAAAAAGAGACGAAAAUCAAAGUUUUGAUUGACGUACUGACGAGCCAUGCACCUAAGUUGCUGAAAGUUGCCUUUCAUGGUCCCAGAGUUGUUGAUACCAAGAUCCAGCCUAUAAGUACGUGCAGUCUCCCACCUCCCUGUUUUUGUCUUGUCACACAACGCUCCUCCCUCCUCUCCUUUCCCCUCCCUUUUGUGGGGAGUAGUGUUGCGUGACGUGACAAAAACGGUUGCUUGAGAGACUAGUUUACAAUAUAUAACGGGAAUAAUAUCCAAAAUGGCAAUAUUUCGAAAAAUUGCCCUUCAUCAGGGUCUCUGAAGUCAUGUAAAUUUUACUUUAGGUGUGGGGAAAGUGUUCAGAGGAUUGAGUGAGCAGCGCUGGGCAGUGUGUAUGUAUACCCCCUUGUAUAGCAAUUCCAAAUAAUCAAAAAUGAUGAUUUUUCCCUGUCUUGUUAUGCAAUGUCUUUAGGUCUCAUUAUGUUUGGAGGGAAGUUUUUGACAAGUUUUUUCCCAGAAGCUGGGGUUCAAGAACGAAUGAAAGAACAUGGGAAAGAUCCAUUGUGGAAAAUCAAGUAUGAACAACAUUUUAUGAAUUUAAGAAUUUGCUCGAUUAAGAGUCAAAGUGAUGUUCACGUAUAAAUUCAUUUGGUUAAUAAGACCAAGUAUAAAAAUAAUUUUAGACAUAAAGAGUUUGUAUUUUCAGGUAUGCUUCUAAUGGAAGUACACUAUUUUCUGCCUGGAGUUGUUUGCAAGUAAGUCAUACUCUGUGGUAAUUGACGUGCAUUAAGUGAUCUCUUGACUAGCCAUUAACAAUAUUAAUUUUCAACUUUUCUCAAAUCAACAGAUGUUGGUUACUGUUAAACCUCUAAAAAGUAGCCCCUAUUUUGUGGCCACCCUCUUUUUAGCCAGGACUACUAAAAAUAUCAGUAAAUCAUUGAAAAUAGAACAUCUGUAAUAUACAUCUAUCACCCGAAGGGGAGGUAAAAUAAUAGUGGUGGAUUUAGCAAGACGCGAAGUAUCGAGGUAUAUAUCAAGCGCUAUGAACCGACUCUGAGGGGGUAGUUGUAUUAGACUAGUAUUUACCAAAUCAGUUGAAUAAAACUGAAAAAAGUGACUUUUUGUAAAUUAAAAACGUCACUUAGUAGCAACUUUGUUUUCAAUUUACAAACAUUUCAGGGAUUUUGUCAAGUGCGUUUUACGAUUUUGUGGCAAAUUCCCCUACUUUUCCCUUCCUCCCUAUCCCCUACCCCUUUCGACGCCUGUUAUGCAGGCUAUUACAGUCCCUCUAUUGUUCUCGUCUCCUCCCAAACCGCCCCCGCCACCUAAGUUGUUUUGACACUCAUGCAAGAUGGCAGCUCGUAACGCAAAGCGCUCGAUCUCGACGAUCUUACUGAAAAAUAGAGGACUGUGAACAGUCUAGGCCAAUCGUGAGGCGCAUAAGAAACUCGGAAGAAAUCCGCCUAUCAGAAACGCUCACAUAUGUCCUUGCAAUUCUGCAGGAUAUUUGAACGAGUUUUUGUUCACUAAUUCGCGGAUGGACUAUACAAAUGGUUUAUAAGACGAGUGCGUGAACCGGCUGCAACACAGACUGCUUCCCGGCUACCGGGCAUGUAGCUCGGGCAUGUAGCCACAACGUAUUAUAAUUUGACCCCUCAUUAUCCAGAAUUUCAGACGAUUGCUUCGAGUCGUUUUUACUCCCUCAGCUGAAGGAGUAAAAACUACUCGAAGUAAUCGUGUAAAAUUCAGGCUAACCCCUCAUAAUGCUUUAUUAUUUUCCAAUUUUUUAUGGAUGGCUGCAUUUCGGGAGCUAUUUCUCGAAGCACUAAAGUCACUUUUGUUGACGUAAUUUGAUCAAAAUGGAACUAAAUGCUAAAGGAAGGGAAAAAUCCCAUAGGUUUAAUUUCUUCUUGGUAGAAGGGUUGAUUGUUGCUUAUAGGUACGUUUUGUGCAAGUCUGGUUAUUAUGUGAAGGAAAAUGCAAUUGACUUUUAUACUCACUUGCUUUGCAAAAUAUGAUCUCCUCGUAGACUUUUUCGUCGUGACAAAUCAAGCGAACUAUCAAGACUGCUCGGGAAUUUAUAACUGAGGUAGGUAUUGUAUUAGCUGAAGCUAUACUCGAACUACACGGUUCCUUUAACUUAGAACGGCAUUUGGUCAUUUAUCUCGCGGAAACUUUUGUCAAAGUAUUCUAUCUUCAUUUAGAAUAACCAAGCGAUCAGGAAAACACAACUCGCUUCGCAGCUGAGCGAUUGUGGUUUCUUGGGUAUAGAGUACAGUCGACGCUGUCAGACACUGUUUCGACAAUUAGGCCUAGGAAUAAUUUCGUGAGUAGCAGCGCGUCAGUGAUAAUAAGCAUUUUUUCUCUUUCCCAAAUUUAUUUCGUUUCGCAGAAUAGAAUAAGCCGGGCGUUACUCACGGGCACGAUUUGAAAGAAGCUAAAUACCCACCAGUCUCAAAGCGAACCUAGAAAGUGAAAACGCCUUCUCUUAAGCUCCAGAAUACGUGCAUAUUAGCCAUUAUGCUCAGAUUUUCGAGCAUAAUAAUUAUGUCUAACCCUAAUUUACAGCGUCGAAACUACGCUAUGCCCGAGAAACCACAACCCCUCAUCUGCGAAGCCAUUCUUGUUUUCCUUAUCGCUUGGUAAUUCUAAAUAAAGAUGGAAUACUUUCAGACGAUUAGAAAGUACUAUAAAAAGGGAUUUUGCAGAAAUUCUAGAAAAUUUUCAGACUGCCGGGCAUGCAUAGUUUUUUUUAAGACCCUUCCCGGGUGCCGAGCAUAUAGCCACAGCGUAUUAAUAACUGUAUGUAUUUGAUUUAAUUUGACCACUCUUCAGCCUGAAUUUCAGACGAUUGCUUCGAGUCGAAGUAAUCGUCAAGAAAUUCGGGCUAACCCCUUGCUUUUAUUCAUGGAUGGCUGCAUUUCGGAAGCUAUUUCUGGAAGCACUUACGUCACUUUUGUUGAAACUGAAAGCUAAAGGAAGGGAAAAAUCCCAUAGGUUUAAUUUCUUCUUGGUAGAAGGGUUGAUUGUUGCCUAUAGGUAAGUUUUGUGCAAGUCCGGUUAUUUUGUGAAGGAAAAUACAAUUGACUUUUAUACUGACUUGCUUUGCAAUAUAUGUUUUCCUCGUAGACUUUUUCGUCGUGACAAAUCAAGUGAACUAUCAAGACUAAUCGAGAAUUUAUAACUGAGGUAGGCAUUACAGUAGCUGAAGCUAUACUCGAACUACACGGUUCCUUUAUCUUAGAACGGCAUUUUUCAUUUAUCUCGAGGAAACUUUUGUCAAAGUAUUCUAUCUUCAUUUAGAAUAACCAAGCGAUCAGGAAAACAAAACUCGCUUCGCAGCUGACCUGUUGUGGUUUCUUGGGUAUUCUCGGUUUUCACUGACUCACGUGAGAACGCAGAAAUAAAAAUGGAAACCUUUUAAUACAGAAAGUCUAGAAUCUGGGAAAUGAGAGAAGAUAAAUANCGUCACUUUUGUUGAAACUGAAAGCUAAAGGAAGGGAAAAAUCCCAUAGGUUUAAUUUCUUCUUGGUAGAAGGGUUGAUUGUUGCCUAUAGGUAAGUUUUGUGCAAGUCCGGUUAUUUUGUGAAGGAAAAUACAAUUGACUUUUAUACUGACUUGCUUUGCAAUAUAUGUUUUCCUCGUAGACUUUUUCGUCGUGACAAAUCAAGUGAACUAUCAAGACUAAUCGAGAAUUUAUAACUGAGGUAGGCAUUACAGUAGCUGAAGCUAUACUCGAACUACACGGUUCCUUUAUCUUAGAACGGCAUUUUUCAUUUAUCUCGAGGAAACUUUUGUCAAAGUAUUCUAUCUUCAUUUAGAAUAACCAAGCGAUCAGGAAAACAAAACUCGCUUCGCAGCUGACCUGUUGUGGUUUCUUGGGUAUUCUCGGUUUUCACUGACUCACGUGAGAACGCAGAAAUAAAAAUGGAAACCUUUUAAUACAGAAAGUCUAGAAUCUGGGAAAUGAGAGAAGAUAAAUAUACAAAACGCCUUGCCAAGAAUCAGGUCUAUGCAAUAGUUCAUAUGCGAGAUAUUCGUAAAAACGUUUGACCCAAAUUUAUGAAGCUUUGUAUGGAGACGCCAUCAUUGUUUGUGUCCCUUUCAGGGGCACAAAUAUGGCUGCCGGAAACCAAUAUAAACAUCUGUUUUUGAGUUUUCCUACUUAUUCGUGAAUUCUUCGCUUGAAGAACUCAUAAAGAUUAAAGUAAUAUUCAUUCUAAGACAAGGAAUGUUUAGAUAGCAAAAUCUCCAAAAAUCCGUAAUGUUUUUAACCCAUAUAAGAGCUUUCCCGGCCGGCAGCUAAAAAUGCCGCGUCACGCAAAAGCCUGGAAAUUCAAGAGUCCCGUAUCGAAAAACAAAGAACCAGUUUGAACCUAAAAUUUUUUUUGUGUAAAGGUUUUAAGGUGCUCUAGUAUCACAUGAAAGUAGAAACUCAGAUGAAGCGAUAGUUUCUUAGUUUGAAUUUUGGUGACGUCAUGUGAAAACCAAGAAUUCUUGGUGUGGGAUGUGCCGCCCGGUUCUUUAAAUCCUGACCCGAUUUCAGACCAAAAUGGGCAAAGUGUGUACCCAUUUUCAGACCAAAACGACGCAAAAACCCUAGGGUCUGCCGAAUUAUGCUCGAAAAAUAGAGUAUUUUGCUUUUGGGCGUCACCCGUGAAACUAGGGUAUUAUGCUCAAAAUUAUGCUCGACUGGAGGUAUUAUGCUCAAAUUAUGCCGGACUAAAAUGACACUUUCAAUGGAAUCAAACCACUAUGAGAUGACGCGGCGUUACCAAAGCUUAUCAUUUUCUUUAAAUAUUAGCGAAUGGUGUGGCUAGCAUGCUCUUUCACUGUUUUUAUGAUUCUUAAAACUGCUUUUCAAAAUAUUUCGAAAACGCUCUCAUGGAAUUUGUUCAAACUUUGCCAUAAUUGAGGCAAUUAUGGCAGGUACAUUGCCUAGUCCCUAGGCCUCAUUAUAAUGCGCGGCCGAUGCGUUUUGGGUCACGUGGUCCGAGAAAGUUUUUGAGGGCGUCUCCCGGCCGUUCAUCUCGCAUACGUCACCGAAAUGCAUUGACCGAGAGGGCCUGAAAAAACGCCGUACAGGGACUAGGCAAGCAGGUACAUACCCCCUUAAGCGAUUUCUUCAAAAAACUCCUGGUACAGCGAAACACAAAGAUAAAUAAAAAACGUAAUGGCGUCAUUACGUUGCCAUAGCGACUCCGAUUGCAAUAAAACCCAGAUCAUAAGAAAUUUUCAUCUUUAUAGAGUACAGUUGUGGUAACCUUUUUCCCAUAUCUUUACUCAUGCCGACGUAGUUAGCGCUCAAACUUGGGAGGUAUCCCCCUAAAAAAAUCCAGUCGAGCCACCUUAAUUUGACCCCUCUUUAGCCUGAAUUUCAGACGAUUCGUUUUUACUCCGUCAUCUGAGGGAGUAAAAGGUAAAAACGACUCGAAGUGAUCGUCUGAAAUUCAGGCUAACCCCUCAUAUGCUCUUAAAGGAAGGGAAAAAUCCCACAGGUUUAAUUAGGGUUGAUUGUUGCUUAUAGGUAAGUUUUGUGCAAGUCCGGUUAUUUUGUGAGAAAAAUGCAAUUGACUUUUAUACUGACGUGCUUUGCAAAAUAUCAUUUUCUCGUAGACUUUUUCGUCGGGACAAAUCAAGCGAACUAUCAAGACUACUCGCGCGGGAAUUUAUAACUGAGGUAGGCAUCUGAAGCUAUACUCGAACUACACGGUUUCUUUAACUUAGAACGGCAUUUGGUCAUUUAUAUCGCGGAAACGUUUGUCAAAGUAUUCUAUCUUCAUUUAGAAUAACCAAGCGAUUAGGAAAACAAAACUCGCUUCGCAGCUGAGCGAUUGUGAUUUCUUGGAUAUAGAGUACAGUCGUCAGACGCUGUUUCGACAAUUAGCCUAGGAAUAAUUUCGUGAGUAGCAGCGCGUCAGUGAUAAUAAGCAUUUUUUCUCUUUCCCCAAUAUAUUUCGUUUCGCAGAAUAGAAUAAGCCGGGCGUUACUCACGGGCACGAUUUCAAAGAAGCUAAAUACCCACCAGUCUCAAAGCGAACCUAGAAAGUGAAAACGCCUUCUCUUAAGGUCCAGAAUACAUGCAUAUUAGCCAUUAUGCUCAAAUUUUCGAGUAUAAUAAUUAUAUCUAAUCCUAAUUUACAGCGUCGAAUCUACUCUAUGCCCGAGAAACCACAACCCCUCAUCUGCGAAGCCAUUCUUGUUUUCCUGAUCGCUUGGUAAUUCUAAACGAAGGUGGAAUACUUUCAGAUGAUUAGAAAGUACUAGAAAGAGAGAUUUUGCAGAAAUUCUUGAAAAUUUUCAGACUGCCGGACAUUCAUAGUUUUUUUAAGACCCUUCCCGGCUACCAGGCAUAUAGCCACAGCGUAUUAUAUAACUGUAUGUAUUUGACUUAAUUUGACCAAUCUUAAGCCUGCAUUUCAGACGAUUGCUUCGAGUCGAAGGAAUCGUCAAGAAAUUCGGGCUAACCCCUUACUUUUAUUCAUGGAUGGCUGCAUUUCGGGAGCAAUUUCUGGAAGCACUUACGUCACUUUUGUUGAAACUGAAAGCUAAAGGAAGGGAAAAAUCCCAUAGGUUUAAUUUCUUCUUGGUAGAAGGGUUGAUUGUUGCCUAUAGGUAAGUUUUGUGCAAGUCCGGUUAUUUUGUGAAGGAAAAUGCAAUUGACUUUUAUACUGACUUGCUUUGCAAUAUAUGUUUUCCUCGUAGACUUUUUCGUCGUGACAAAUCAAGCGAACUAUCAAGACUAAUCGAGAAUUUAUAACUGAGGUAGGCAUUGCAUUAGCUGAAGCUGAGUUUGACUAAUAGUCGCGGGUCGCGAGUCGCGGGUCCAAAGUCGCGGUCGCGGGUCCAAUGCCGCGGUCGCGGGUCCAAAGUCGCGGUCGCGGGUCCAUUGUCGCGGUCGCGGGUCCAAUGUCGCGGUAGGGGAAAAUGAUUUGGGGUUCGAGGUAACAGCUGAGUGAAAACGACUGAUAUGAACACAAUAUAAAGGGAGAAAAUCUUUUUUAUGCACGAUACUCUACGGUAGCCAAUUUACAGGUUACGGAUGUCAGAGUCAACAAAAUAAUGUCUUAAGAAAAGACCUAAAAGAAAAAGCUGGCCGACUUUUGUGUUCACCGCAAGUUUAUUUUGUUUUUCUUUCUAUCGGGCCCAGUUAUGUAUAAAUUCAGCUUUGAAUAUACUUAUGCAUAACAGUAUCUGAUAAAAAAAAGUUACCAUAAGUUACCAUUGCUUUCUUCUUGUCGAUGAAUUGCUCACAAAUGCUUAGGGGUUCAUUUACUGAAAAAUAUGCGAUACACUUCAUAGACUACAGAUUAUAAACGUUACAACAGCUUAAAGCGUUUUUUAAAAAAAGCGAACUCGGGCUCAAAAAGCUCCGGGUCUGUCGGUAGAAGAAACGAGAACUCUUAUAUUUAACAAAUGUUUUCGACAAAACUGAAAGAAAAUGUAAAUAGGCGCAUGAAACUUCAUUCAAACGGUAUUCAAGGCAUGAAUUUAAUAUGGAGCAAGUAAUAAUCCACAGAAAGGAGUCUGUUCUUGGAAGCAAGAUUUUCGCUUAAUGCUUUUAUUUUUACAACUGAGACGGCAACCCAGAGUGUUCAAUAUAACUUCUUGUUCUCUUCACCUAAAUGACAACCAGGACAACCUGACAAUAGGAAGCCAUUCAAAGUGCGUCUCAGUCAAAUCUUGAAAACAUGCAUCGUAAAUAACUAAGUGAGUAAGUAGGUAAGGAAAUAAUAACGCCCGAUAUCAUGAAGCUGAAAAAGAAAGUAAACCAGACGCUGAAAACGGUAAGUUAUCAACUCCACCAGAGCUAAGAAAAGACAAUAAAUUAGGUAAGUAAUUCCAGAUUCCAGGUACUGGAUUCAAGUCUUUGUCAGUAGAACCAAGAGACUAUGGACGCGAUCCAUUCAACCAAAAUUCCAACCGGUCCGACCGGGAAAAGUGGUCCACCUCAAAAGGUGGACCCGUUUUUUCGAAAAAUUUCCGGUUGGACCGAACUGAUCCAUUGAGUUUUGGACCGAAAUUUCCGGAAAUUUUGGUUGAAUGGAUCGCGCCCUGUGAUCUAUUCUCUCUUGGUAGAACUUGGAUUCCGGAUUUCAAUCGUUAGUGGGAACAAACUCCUAUCUGUGGACAAGAGAGGAUAAAGCUCGAGCUUUAUCCCCUCUUUCUGUGGAUUAUUACUUGUUUCUAUAUUAAAUUCAUGCCUUGAAUACCCACUUGAAUGUACUUUACUGGCACUUCAAGCCCAACGUCUCUCCUCCUCUUUCCAGUUACUUGUGCAAAGAGUUUAUUUUGGGAGUUUGCGACCAGGAAGUUUUUCAACAAGCGUUUUCUUUAUUUUUGCCGAAAACAUUUGUUAAAAUUGAAACAGUUCUCGUUUCUUCUACCGACAGACUAGUAGCUUUUCGAGCCCGAGUUAGCCUUUUUUAAAAAAGGUUUUAAGUUGUUGUAACGUUUAUAAUUUAUAGUCUAUGAAGUGUAUCGCACAUUUUUCAGUGAAUGCACCCCUAAGAAUUUGUGAGCAAUUCAUAGACAAGAAGAAAACAAUGGUAACUCAUGGUAACAUUUUUAUCAGAUACUGUUAUGCAUAAGUACAUUCAAAGCUGAAUUUAUACAUAACUGGGCCCGAUAGAAAGAAAACAAAAUGAACUUGCGGUGAACACAAAAGUCGGCCAGCUUUUUCUUUUAGGUCUUUUCUUGAGACAUUAUUUUGUUGACUCUAACAUCCGUAACCUGUAAAUUGGCUACCGUAGAGUAUCAUGCAUAAAAACGAUUUUUUGCCCUUUAUAUUUUUUUCAUAUCACUCGUUUUCACUCAAGUACCUCGAACUCCAAUCAUUUUCUCCUGCCGCGACAUUGGACCCGCGACCUCGACUUUGGACCCGCGACCGCGACUUUGGACCCGCGACCGCGACAUUGGACCCGCGACCGCGACUUUGGACCCGCGACCCGCGACCCGCGACCCGCGACCCGCGACUAUUAGUCAAACUCGCUGAAGCUAUACUCGAACUACACGGUUCCUUUAUCUUAGAACGACAUUUUUCAUUUAUCUCGAGGAAAUUUUUGUCAAAGUAUUCUAUCUUCAUUUAGAAUAACCAAGCGAUCAGGAAAGCAAAACUCGCUUCGCGUCUGAGCGGUUGUGGUUUCUUGGGUAUGGAGUACAGUCGACGCUGUUUCGACAAUUAGCCUGGGAAUAAUUUCGUGAGUAGCAGCGCGUCAGUGAUAAUAAGCAUUUUUUCUCUUUCCCUAAUAUAUUUCGUUUCGCAGAAUAGAAUAAGCCGGGCGUUACUCACGGGCACGAUUUCAAAGAAGCUAAAUACCCACCGGUCUCAAAGCGAACCUAGAAAGUGAAAACGCCUUCUCUUAAUGCUCCAGAAUACAUGCAUAUUAGCCAUUAUGCUCAAAUUUUCGAGUAUAAUAAUUAUAUCUAACCCUAAUUUACAGCGUCGAAUCUACUCUAUGCCCGAGAAACCACAACCCCUCAUCUGCGAAGCCAUUCUUGUUUUCCUGAUCGCUUGGUAAUUCUAAAUGAAGGUGGAAUACUUUCAGACGAUUAGAAAGUACUAGAAAAAGGGAUUUUGCAGAAAUUCUUGAAAAUUUUCUGACUGCCGGGCAUUCAUAGUUUUUUAAGACCCUUCCCGGGUGCCGAGCAUAUAGCCACAGCGCAUUAAUAAUUGUACGUAUUUGAUAUAAUUUGACCACUCUUUAGCUUGAAUUUCAGACGAUUGCUUCGAGUCGAAGUAAUCGUCAAGAAAUUCGGGCUAACCCCUUGCUUUUAUUCAUGGAUGGCUGCAUUUCGGGAGUAAUUUCUGGAAGCACUUACGUCACUUUUGUUGAAACUGAAAACUAAAGGAAGGGAAAAAUCCCAUAGGUUUAAUUUCUUCUUGGUAGAAGGGUUGAUUGUUGCUUAUAGGUAAGUUUUGUGCAAGUCAGGUUAUUUUGUUAAGGGAAAUGCAAUUGACUUUUUUAUACUGACUUGCUUUGCAAAAUAUGUUUUCCUCGUAGACUUUUUCGUCGUGACAAAUCAAGCGAACUAUCAAGACUAAUCGAGAAUUUAUAACUGAGGUAGGCAUUGCAUUAGCUGAAGCUAUACUCGAACUACACGGUUCCUUUAUCUUAGAACGGCAUUUGGUCAUUUAUCUCGAGGAAACUUUUGUCAAAGUAUUUUAUCUUUAUUUAGAAUAACCAAGCGAUCAGGAAAACAAAACUCGCUUCGCAGCUGAGCGAUUGUGGUUUCUUGGGUAUAGAGUAGAGUCGACGCUGUCAGACGCUGUUUCGACAGUUAGCCUAGGAAUAAUUUCGUGAGUCGCAGCGCGUGAUAAUAAGAAUUUUUUCUCUUUCCCCAAUAUAUCCCGUUUCGUUUCGCAGAAUAGAAUAAGCCGGGCGUUACUCACGGGCACGAUUUCAGACAAGCUAAAUACCCGCCAGUCUCAAAGCGAACCUAGAAAGUGAAAACGCCUUCUCUUAAGCUGCAGAAUACAUACAUAUUAGCCAUUAUGCUCAAAUUUUCGAGCAUAAUAAUUAUAUCUAACCCUAAUUUACAGCGUCGAAACUACUCUAUGCCCGAGAAACCACAACCCCUCAUCUGCGAAGCCAUUCUUGUUUUCCUGAUCGCUUGGUAAUUCUAAAUGAAGAUGGAAUACUUUCAGAUGAUUAGAAAGUACUAGAAAAAGGGAUUUUGCAGAAAUUCUUGAAAAUUUUCUGACUACCGGACAUUUAUAGUUAUUUUUUAAGACCCUUCCCGGGUGCCAAGCAUAUAGCCACAACGUAUUAAGCCUGAAUUUCAGACGGUUGCUUCGAGUCAAAGUAAUCGUCAAGAAAUUCGGGGUAACCCCCUGCUUUUAUUCAUGGAUGGUUGCAUUUCGGGAGCUAUAUUUCUGGAAGCACUUACGACACUUUUGUUGAAACUGAAAGCUAAUAAAGGAAGGGAAAAAUCCCAUAGGUUUAAUUUCUUCUUGGUAGAAGGGUUGAUUGUUGCUUAUAGGUAAGUUUUGUGCAAGUCCGGUUAUUUUGUGAAGGAAAAUGCAAGUGACUUUUAUACAGACUUGUUUUACAAAAUAUGUUUUCCUCGUAGACAUUUUCGUCGUGACAAAUCAAGCGAACUAUCAAGACUACUGGGGAAUUUAUAACUGAGGUAGGCAUUGCAUUAGCUGAAGUUAUACUAGAACUCCUCGGUUCCUUUACCUUAGAACGGCGCGCAUUUCGUUAUUUAUCUCGCAGAAACUUUUGUCAAAGCAUGUCUCUGUUUAAAAGGCCUUGUUGUAUAUGAUCUUUCAGUUCGCGGGGGACUUUUUCCCAUCCCAUCAUGUAGGAUUUCCUCUCAGCCCUUUCACUGAUUUAUUAUGCAUACAUGGUUAUCAUUCCACUCUGUAUAAAGUUGAACCUGAACUUGAACUUGUUUUGCAAAAUAUGUUUUUCUCGUAGACUUUCCGUCGUGACAAAUCAAGCGAACUAUCAAGACUACAUGUACUCGGAAAUUUAUAACUGAGGUAGGCAUUACUAGAACUCCACUGUUUCUAGUUACCUUAGAACGGCAUUUGGUCAUUUAUAUCGCGGAAACGUUUGUUAAAGUGUGUCUCUGUUUAGUAAGGCCGUGUUGUAUAUGAUUUUUCAGUUCCAGGGGUCUUUUUCAGCGAUAGAGCCCAUCAUGAAGGAUUUCAUCUCAGCCCUUUCACUGAUUUAUUAUGCAUACAUGGUUAUCAUCCCACUCUGUAAACAGUUGAACCUCUAUUAAGUAGUCACCUAUUAAGUGGUCAUCCUCCAUUAAGCGGCCAGUAAUCAAAGUUCCGAAAUAUUUGUAGAAAAGAAUGAGAAAGUAAACCUGCUGAUUUCAUUGCUACCCGGAUUGACGGUCAUGAGAUUUGACACUAAUCACGUGACGUAUGGCUUCGCAGCACGUAAACAGUUGCAAAAAUUGUAGCAGGCGAGAGUUCUGUCGUGGGAUCCGAAACAGUGAGAGAAACAUCUGGCUGGCAAGGAAAGCUUAUCACGGAAUUACAGACGAUUGCUUCGAGUCGUUUUUACUCCCUCAGGCUAAUCCCUAAUAUGCUUUAUUAUUUUCAAUUUUUCAUUGGAUGGCUGCAUUUCGAGAGCUAUUUGUGGUAGCACUUACGUCACUUUUGUUGGCGUAAUUAGAUCAAAAUGAAAGUGAAAGCUAAAGAAAGGGAAAAAUCACAUAGGUUUAAUUUGUUCUUGCUAGAAGGGUUGAUUGUUGCUUAAGGUAAGUUUUGUGCAAGUUCAGUUAUUAUGUGAAGGAAAAUGCAAUCGACUUUUAUACUGAAUUGUUUUGUAAAAUAUGACUUUUCCGUACGCUUUUUCGUGGUGACAAAUUGAAGCGAACUAUCAAGACUACUCGGGAAUUUAUAACUGAGGUAGGCAUUGUAUUAGCUGAAAUUAUACUAGAACUCCACGGUUCCUUACCUUAGAACGGCAUUUGGUCAUUUUUCUCGCGGAAACUUUUGUCAAAGCAUGUCUCUUUUUAAUAACCCGCCAGUUGUCUAUGAUCUUUCAGUUCGCAGGGGACUGUAGGAUUUCAUCUCAGCCCUUUCACUGAUUUAUUAUGCAUACAUGUCCGUACUCAUAGUAGUCUGCUACACAGCCGUUUUUAGGGUCUGCGUUGCGUGACGACAUAAAAAAAGGGCUGUGCAGAAGAGUCAUAUUUAUCAUUUGUGUUAAAUUAUAAGGGUUAGCUGUAUACAGGAAUCUUUCUAAACCGGCUCAUCCUCGGACGGGUGUAUUUGAGAAGAACUUGCAGUCUUCCUAAGUGACAUGACACAAAGAAAUUCAAAGACGUCAACGUAACAGAGCUAUACUAGCUAAGGAAAAUAGGAAGUAAAAAAAUAAAAACUCCCCAGGUUUUUACACGUUAUACCGAGUUGUUCUCCAUGCGCCUUCCUUUGCGCACACGAGGAAAGUUGAUGUUAGCGAAUUUCAAGUAAAAAAUUAGGUUCAGUCUGAGACUCCGACAUCGAAAACCACAAAUGAAAGGCUUCUGGCGGGAACAAUCUACAUUAGGUUUCUUAUCUACCUGAAAGCUAUCUAUGGACAAACCUCAUUCGCACUCUUGAGAUCUGCGUUGGUUUGUCUUCGAGGCUCUAGGACAAGAAGAGUGCCAUGUGACAUUAAGAAUGUUGAUAUCGACGUCGAAGUUGUUGAAGGAGCCAUUAAAUCGGACUAUUGAUGUGUUUCCUUACUUCAUAUAUAUCUCUUUAUUUCAUUAUUAUUAUUACUAUUUUUCUGUUUUUAGCAGUUGAAAGAAACUUUUGAAUUUUAGAGGUUGACAGUUUUUUUUAUUGAAAUUAAAUGUUUUUUAAUUCGAAUAAAUUUUUCUUAGUUAAUUAACUUUAAGUGCUUUUUAAAUCGACAGGAAUUGUNGAGUGCCAUGUGACAUUAAGAAUGUUGAUAUCGACGUCGAAGUUGUUGAAGGAGCCAUUAAAUCGGACUAUUGAUGUGUUUCCUUACUUCAUAUAUAUCUUUUUAUUUCAUUAUUAUUAUUACUAUUUUUCUGUUUUUAGCAGUUGAAAGAAACUUUUGAAUUUUAGAGGUUGACAGUUUUUUUUAUUGAAAUUAAAUGUUUUUUAAUUCGAAUAAAUUUUUCUUAGUUAAUUAACUUUAAGUGCUUUUUAAAUCGACAGGAAUUGUAAAUAGUGUUUUUGAAUGAAUAGUUUUUUCUUUUUUUAAGCGAAUUAAUUGUAAAUAGGAUUUUAUAAAUUAUUAAUAAAGUGUUCCUUUUUGAUAUAAAAAAAAUAAAUAAAAAUAAAAAUCUAUGGACAAAUUUAUUCAUUAACUCCUGCCACGAAAUUAAUAUUGUUCUCGAUUUUUCCUGACCAUUGCUCUUGCUCUUUACCAUAAUUAUAAUUUUCUGAAAUUCCACAAGCUUAAAAUAACUGGUGGUAUAGACAUAUAUAUUCUUUUCAUUUGCUGUACAUUUGUAUUCCGCUAGCAAGAGAUUUUAAACCUUAGAAAUUCACUUUCCGAAAUUUGACUUUUCUGAAUAUUCCUAAUGGCCCGAUUUGUAGUUUGUUGCCAAAAGCUUUAGUAUUUUCAGUGGUGGGUAGAUGAAUGUACAACGACUAGAUAGAUAAUAUACACCAUAAUUAUUUAAACAAUGGUAAAUCUGAUUUCUUUUCCCUUCGAUCACUAAUCACCCAAAAGAAUGUCUUUUUCCUUUUUUAGGAGAAGAUGCCAGUUUAGCAAGUCACCGUUACACAACGAUAAAAAACAAGUAGAACGAUCACUAUUUGUGGCAAACCAAAUGCGACGGUGAUAGAAAAGAACGAAUAAUAAAAGAGCUAAUAAAUAAGCUUUUACUCAAUGUUUUAAUUUUACUUUUCAUUUUCGUUAUCGCACGUUAUCUUACAUAAAGAGAAAUGGUAUCAACGAAAAAAAAACCACAACAUAACUACAUUUUUUUUUUCUAGAAGAGCUGAAAUAGCAAAGCAAGCAAAAAAAGGGGCAAUUAAAACUAUCUUCGGGAAAAGCAGUACGUAGAUUUUAUCUGCAAUUUGUUAUUGGAAUGGCUGCGAAAGGACAAACAGAGGCCACCUGUAAUCUUGGAAAUACUAACAAGAAUGCCGAUGAAGUUGGGGAGAGGACAGAGAAAGAAAAAGGGAAUAGUACUAUUGGCGACGCCAAUAUUAACUUUAAAGAUUUCCAGAACUUUAUAAACUACCUUGAAAUAUGCCUCAAAUUUUUCAGACAAGUGGGCGACAGGGCAAGAGAAGGAAAAGCGUACGGUAAUCUUGGCUGCGUCUAUUACAGUCAUGGAGACUUCCAGACAGCCAUAAAGUACCAUCAACUAGAGCUCAAAAUUUCCAAAGAAGUGGGAGACAGGGCAGGAGAAGGAAAUGCCUACUGUAAUCUUGGCAACGCCUAUUACAGUCUUGGAGAUUUCCAGAAAGCCAUAGAGUACCAUGAACGAGACCUCAAAAUUUCCAAAGAAGUGGGAGACAGGGCAGGAGAAGGAAGGGCGUACUGUAAUCUUGGCAACGCCUAUUACAGUCUUGGAGAUUUCCAGAAAGCCAUAGAGUACCAUGAACGAGACCUCAAAAUUUCCAAAGAAGUGGGAGACAGGGCAGGAGAAGGAAGAGCGUACUGUAAUCUUGGCAACGCCUAUUACAGUCUUGGAGAUUUCCAGAAAGCCAUAGAGUACCAUGAACGACACCUCAAAAUUUUCAAAGAAGUGGGAGACAGGGCAGGAGCAAGAAAAGCAUACGGUAAUCUUGGCAACGCCUAUUACAGUCUUGGAGAUUUCCGGAAAGCCAUAGAGUACCAUGAACGAGACCUCAAAAUUUCCAAAGAAGUGGGAGACAGGGCAGGAGAAGGAAAAGCGUACGGUAAUCUUGGCAACGCCUAUGACAUUCUUGGAGAUUUCCAGAAAGCCAUAGAGUACCAUGAACGAGACCUCAAAAUUUCCAAAAAAGUGGGAGACAGAGCAGGGGAAGGAAGAGCGUACUGUAAUCUUGGCUGCGCCUAUUACGGUCUCGGAGAUUUCCAGAAAGCCAUAGAGUACCAUGAACGAAACCUCAGAAUUUCUAAAGAAGUAGGAGACAAGGCAGGAGAAGGAAAAGCGUACGGUAAUCUUGGAAACGCUUUUAGAAAACUUGGACGUUUCCAACAAGCCAUAGAAUACCAUGAACGACACCUCAAAAUUUCCAAAGAAGUGGGAGACAGGGCAGGAGAAGGAAUUGCCUAUGGUAAUCUUGGCAACGUCUAUAACCGUCUUGGAGAUUUCCAGAAAGCUAUAAAGUACCACGAACGACAACUCAAAAAUUCUAAAGAAGUGGGAGACAGAGCAGGGGAAGGAAGAGCGUACGGUAAUCUUGGAAACGACUAUUACAGUCUUGGAGAUUUCCAGACAGCCGUAGAGUGCCAUGAACGACACCUCAAAAUUUCCAAAGAAGUGGGAGACAGGGCAGGAGAAGGAAUAGCGUACGGUAAUCUUGGAAACGCUUUUACAAAUCUUGGAGACUUCCAGAAAGCCAUAAACUACCAUGAACGACACCUCAAAAUUUCCAAAGAAGUGGAAGACAGGGCCGGAGAAGGAAUAGCGUACGGUAAUCUUGGCAACGACUAUGAUAGUCUUGGAGAUUUCCAGAAAGCCGUAGAGUACCAUGAACGACACCUCAAAAUUUCCAAAGAAAUGGGAGACAGGACAGGAGAAGGAACAGCGUACGGUAAUCUUGGAAACGCUUUUAGAAAUCUCGGAGACUUCCAGAAAGUCAUAGAGUACCAUGAACGACACCUCAAAAUUUCCAAAGAAGUGGGAGGCAGGGUAGAAGAAGGAAAUGCCUACUGUAAUCUUGGCAACGCCUAUGACAGUCUUGGAGAUUUCCAGAAAGCCAUAGAGUACCAUGAACGACACUUCAAAAUUUCCAAAGAAGUGGGAGACAGGGCAGGAGAAGGAAAAGCGUACUGUAAUCUUGGCUGCGCCUAUUACGGUCUCGGAGAUUUCCAGAAAGCCACAGAGUACCACGAACGAGACCUCAGAAUUUCUAAAGAAGUAGGAGACAGGGCAGGAGAAGGAAAAGCGUACGGUAAUCUUGGAAACGCUUUAAGAAAACUUGGACGUUUCCAACAAGCCAUAGAAUACCAUGAACGACACCUCAAAAUUUCCAAAGAAGUGGGAGACAGGGCAGGAGAAGGAAAAGCGUACGGUAAUCUUGGCAACGCCUACGACAGUCUUGGAGAUUUCCAGAAAGCCAUAGAGUACCAUAAACGGCACCUCAAAAUUUCCAAAGAAGUGGGAGACAGGGCAGGAGAAGGAAAAGCGUACGGUAAUGUUGGCAGCGCCUAUGACGGUUUUGAAGAUUUCCAGACAGCCGUUCAGUUUUAUAAAGACAGUGUAAUUGCCUUCGACUAUAUCAGGCGAAAUCGGAUAUCUAAUGACGAUUGCAAGAUUAAUCUUGGGAGUACGUAUGAUUUUGUUAAUUCGAGGCUAUGGGGGCUGCAGUUUAAGCAAGGUAAAGUCGUCGAGGCACUUUUAACUGCUGAUCAUGGACGUGCCCAGGCUUUAAAUGAUCUUUUGGAGUUCAAGUAUCGGUUUAAAUGUUUGUCUCCAGAAAUAGGAACAUUCUUUGCAACAACACAUGACAUUCUUAGUUACCUACCAUCAAAUACAGCUUUUAUAGGUAUCAACGAGGAAGGAAUAGUUAUCUGGGUGAACGACAAAGGAAACGAAAUCAAGACUAGAAGAACUCAGAUCGAUAUCUCCGUCAUAACCUAUUUUCAGUCUCUACUGGAGUCUGUACAUGAAGGAAUAGGUGUGAGAGCUGAUGUUAACUGUGAAGAUCGCUCAUUAAGGAACCCAAGCGAUAAAAAGUUAGCAGAAGAAAGAUCCAGUCAGCCAAGGUCGAAUUCCUAUUUUGAGAGAAUCUUAUUACAAACAUUUUACAAAGUUGUUAUGGACCCUAUAAGAGACCUACUCCAUAGCGAUGAGGUUGUGAUUGUUCCACAAGGACCUCUGUGUUUGGCCCCUUAUGCUGCUUUCAUGGACUUGGAAUCAAAGUUCCUCUGCGAAACUUUUAGAAUUCGCCUACUUCCCUCACUUUCUAGUCUGCGAUUAAUCCAAAACUGUCCAUCAGAUUGCCACAGCAAGACUGGAGCUCUUCUCGUCGGCGAUCCGUGGGUACAGGAGGUAGUUUAUGAAGGAAUGACGCUAGAGCAGUUACCGUGGGCCGCAAAGGAAGUGCAGAUGAUUGGGGAAAUACUUCAAACUGAACCUCUCGUUGGAAAGCAGGCAAUAAAAGAUGAAGUGUUAGAACGUAUCUCCUCGGUUGCUCUGGUGCACAUUGCUGCUCACGGUAAAAUGGAAACAGGAGAAAUUGCCUUGGCCCCAAACACAACACCUUCAUCCGUGAAUCCAACCAAGGAGGAUUACCUCUUAACUAUGAAAGAUGUUUUAGAGGCGCAAAUUAAGGCAAGACUUGUUGUACUUAGUUGUUGUCAUAGUGCCCGGGGAGAAGUCAAAUCUGAGGGUGUGGUUGGUAUUGCACGGGCAUUUUUGGGUGCUGGUGCUCGCUCUGUUCUGGUAUCCCUGUGGGCGAUCGACGACGAAGCUACUAUGGAGUUCAUGAAAGUUUUCUACCAACAACUAGUCCAUGGACGAACUGCCAGUGAGGCUCUGAAUAAAGCCAUGAAAUCCAUGAGAGAAUCUGACCGCUUUAACGCAGUGAAAUACUGGGCUCCGUUUGUUCUCAUUGGUGACGACGUAACGCUCGAGUUUGAGGGCAUCCAGUAA